CUCUCCCUCUCUCUUCCGCCCUCCCUCCCCGUUACUUCCUCCAUGGAUGUCCUCAAUUUUCUCAAAUUUUGGAGGCGUGAGGCCAUGCCAGCAACCUCCACCUCUGACCCUCGUUUAGGUGUGGAACCAGAUGAUGGGUCUGAAGAAGAUGACUCCUUCUUCGAUUUGGAGUUUACUGUUUGCGCACAUGAUAACAGCAUCAGCAAAAUCAACCUCAACCCAGAGGACAAGAUACGAGAAGGGAAAGAGUUUGAAUCUGGUAAUGAUCAAGUUUCGAGGAAACUCAUGUCUCUCCCGCCUAACGAGUCUAUCUCCAAGAGAAAAAUCCUCCCAAUCGAGCCUGUUUCUAAGCCUCAAUCUCCCAUUGCCCUCCUCAAGUCUGCUCCCAGCUUCAGAAUCCUCAUGUUCAAGAAGAACAAGGAAAUGUCGGCUAGCAAAACAGAGGAAAUGGAGGAUUCCCCGUUUUCUCCUUCGCUUAGCAGAAGUGCUAGUACCUCGAGAAGCCAUGGAAGCAGAUCGGAGAGGUUCUCAAAGGAGGUAUUGAACAAGUACCUGAAGCUGAUAAAGCCCCUGUAUGUGAAGAUUUCAGGUAGGAACGGCGAGAAGGUGAAGCUCUCUGGGGAUAUAUUCUCUGCUUCAACUACGUCGUCUCCUUCCGUCGCCUCUGUUUCUUUGAAAAGAGAGAAACAGCGGAAUAUUCCCACAGGGAUUCGGGGUGCGUCUAAGCAUCUGGGGAAGAGCAAAUCGGCGUCCACGAUCACCGGGAUCGGGUCUCCGGCGAGAAAGAGCGAUGAUACACUGCAGCUGCAAUACGAUGGGAUUCAGAGCGCCAUUCUUCACUGCAAGAGAUCGUUCAACUCCAGAGACUAUGCUUCCACCAUCACCCAGUCUGAAGAGAAAUCAACUUGCUCAAGGAGGAAUGAGAGAAGCGUCCAGUGGUCUGAUUUUCUCGAGAAAAAUCACGAGAAGCAGAGAGAAAAUAAGGGGCCGUAACUUUUUUUUUGCUUUGUAAAGAAAAGGAAAUGAGAUAGAAUAGGCUGUGAUGUUGUUGUUUAGGGACGAUUAUUAGUGUUUAUAGGCUACCCUGCUGGUCAGUGUAAACUUGAUUGAUGGGUCAUAUAAUGAAAUUGAAAGCUUGCUUCUGAUUCUUCUCAUCA